UAUAUUCAUUUUUUUCUCCAUUAUUAAAAGAUUGUAUGUUGAAAAGUCUACUCAACUCUAACCAUCUUCAAACUUUUUUAGUAAUAUGUAAUUAUUUGUUUGCAUUAAACUAUUUCAUUGUUUUCUUAUAAUAUUAGAAUGAAAAAAUACACUAGAAAAGUAGUUCCAAGAUUCAUGGAAAUAUGCAACAUUAUGCCAAAUGGUGGCCGAUGAUUAUACUAAAAAUGAGGAACCCUAGAAAACAACAGAGAAAAAUGUAAGACCUCAAGAAAGAAAUUAAAAAAGAAUGAGGCAGAGAGAUAUGAUCGGAGAAGACAACAUGUUAGGCCGCAGAACCACCACAAGAACCACCACUUUCCUCCAAUGGGUUUGCUAUCGUCAUCAUCAUCAAGGCUUUCAACCUCACACCUCACUCGCUCACGCUCCAUCGUCCCAAGCUGUCUCCCCUUCCUUGCUUUUCUUUCAGUCUCCAUUUUCCUUCUCUACCAGGUCGACGUAUACAUCGCUCGAACCAGAAAAGGUCCCCGCCGCUACCAACCCACAUCUUACCUUCUUACUCCCAUUCCCGACGAAGUUAAAUCAAGGGUUAUAACAAAUGGUACUUUUGAUCGAUUGUUUGAGAUUACUUGGGGAGAUGAUCAUGCUGACAUACAUGAAGAGGGUGAAUUAUUGACGCUUAGACUUGAUAAAAGAUCGGGUUCUGGAUUCCGAUCUAAAGAUGAAUAUCUGUUUGGGAAAAUUGAUAUGCAGCUAAAGCUAGUAGAAGGGAACUCCGCUGGCACUGUAACAGCUUAUUAUUUGUCAUCUGAAGGUGACUUUCAUGAUGAGAUAGACUUUGAGUUUUUGGGAAACACGAGUGGCGACCCUUAUACGCUACACACAAAUGUGUAUAGUCAAGGUAAGGGUGAUCGAGAGCAACAAUUCUUCCUUUGGUUUGACCCUACUGCCGAUUUUCACACGUAUACUAUUAUCUGGAAUCCUCAACGUAUAUUGUUUUAUGUCGAUGACAUUCCAAUUCGAGAGUUUACAAACAAUGAGGCAAUUGGUGUUCCUUUCCCAAACACUCAACCAAUGAGAAUACAUUCAAGUAUAUGGAAUGCAGAAGAAUGGGCAACAAAGGGUGGGCGUGUGAAAACUGAUUGGAGUCGAGCUCCAUUCACGGCGGCAUAUCGCAACUUCAACGCCGAUGCUUGCAUUUGGUCGUCAUUGAAAGGAUCUUCGUGUCCAUCAAAUUCGACCAAACGACCAUGGUUUCGAGAAAAGCUUAACACGGCGGCAGUUAGGAAACUAAAAUGGGCACAAAAGUAUCAUAGGGUUUAUAAUUAUUGCUCAGAUAAGUGGAGGUUUCCUGAAGGCCCAGGCCUAGAAUGUAAAUUUGUAUAG